GUGCAGGCCCCAGCAUCUGGGAGCCUCCUCAGUCCCUUGCUGGGUCUGUGCCUGUGCAGAGAGCCUAAGGAAGGGGGCGUGUGCGGGGAGGGGUCCCAGUGCCCUCCUGCACCCCACCCAGCCUGCAGCACCUUGGGUGCCGAUCAGCCAAGUCACAAAGGCUGUAUUUCCUUCCAGCUGCCCCUGUCACUGCUGAAGACGGCGCAGAACCACCCCAUGUUGGUGGAGCUCAAGAACGGGGAGACGUACAACGGGCACCUGGUGAGCUGCGACAACUGGAUGAACAUCAACCUGCGCGAGGUCAUCUGCACGUCCCGGGACGGGGACAAGUUCUGGCGCAUGCCCGAGUGCUACAUCCGCGGCAGCACCAUCAAAUACCUGCGCAUCCCCGACGAGAUCAUCGACAUGGUCAAGGAAGAGGUGGUGGCCAAGGGCCGUGGGCGUGGCGGGCUCCAGCAGCAGAAACAGCAGCGCGGCCGGGGCCUAGGUGGCACGGGGCGAGGUGUGUUUGGCGGCCGGGGCCGCGGUGGCCUCCCGGGCACGGGCCGGGGACAGCCGGAGAAGAAGCCAGGCAGACAGGCGGGCAAGCAGUGAGGGGCCCUGGGUCCCCGCCUCACGGAAGGGGAGGGAGGCCCCGUGUCUGGGUUGCCCUGGAGGCUCGCCUCCGUUUUCAGGUAACCGUGGUACCCUGCGGGGUCACUGGGACUUCUGGUUUUGUGACGUUGCCGUUCCCGCAGUGGACAGGGUUUGGAAGUCCUCCGCUUCGCGUUGUGCCCCGCCCUGCACAAGCCCCGUGUGGGACAGAACAGCCAAGAGUGGCUGUCGCCGUCCCCGAGCGUCCUCUUCCAAAGCCCAUGCCGAUCAGAUGCCUGGUCCGUUCCCUUCCACCUCCCCUCUCUGUCACAGAAAUAAAGUGACUGCAGCUACAGACGGCA